CUCCGCGCUGGCAAAAGAUUCCGUUUCUCUCCUCCUCCUUAGUCCUUCCUUUCCCCCCCCCCCAUCUUGCCCUAAUUUCACUCCUUUCCGCCUUUGUCCAAUCUUCUUCUGCUUCUUCUUCUUCCUGCAAACUAAUUAUCAUCACUAUAUUCAUCACAUACACUACUACUUAUUACCCUGCCAACGGAAGAUUUAUAUAAUUAAUGAUAAUUAAUUAAGCCACCCAUUUCAUUUCCGUUUUUUUUCUCCCCCCGAUCUCGCCUCUUCUUUCCUUAUUUUCUUCUUCUUUCUUCAUCCCUGCCGGCGGCGGGAGUAAAAUAGUAGUCCAAUUGCUCAUUUCUUCUUCUCGAAUUGAUAUGUACUAUUAUUAUUAAAGGAAAAGAUUUUUUUAUUUAUUUAUUGGAAAAGAAAAGUCAAUGGGUUGCACCAGCUCCAAGCUCGACGACUUGCCGGCGGUGGCCCUCUGCCGGGAGCGUUGCGCUUUCUUGGACGAAGCCAUCCACCAGCGCUACGCCAUGGCCGAGGCUCACGUAGCUUAUCUUCACUCCCUUCAAUCAGUCGGUGCCUCGCUGCACCGUCUCUUCAAUCUGGAUCUCGAUGCUUCUUUUUCUUCUUCCGAUGGACCCCCCUCCUCUCCCCCUCUCAAAGCCGACAUCAAGCCCCCUCACCCUCACGCUGCCGUUUAUCACCACCACUCCAGCUCUGGCUCCCACCUUCACUUCCACUCCGAUUCAGAAGAAGACGACGACGAAUGUUCCCAUAGCGACUCUUUGCACCACCACCACCACCAAUCCGAGACCCCCUAUGCGGCUGACGAUCCUGACGCCCUUUAUUCUUCUUCCCCUCUUGCCUCCACUUCCGGUACAUUUAUGCACAUGAAUUUCAUGCGGAACCAAUCCACGCCCUCUGUUACUUAUCAACAACGGCCCAUGGCGGCCGACACUGUGCGCAUGGGUGACAUCUCUUCGUCUUCUCCUUCUUCCUCUUACCACCCUCAUCCCAACCCCAGCCUCAUUUCUUCUUUCUACAANGGCUCCGCUUGGGAUUUUUUGAAUCCUUUCGAGAGUGUUGAUAAUUUUUACCGUCCCUACUCGCCAAGCCGGGAUUCCAGGGAGGUGAGGGAGGAGGAGGGAAUUCCUGAUCUGGAAGAAGAUGAUUCUGAGCAGGAGGUUGUGAAGAAAGUCCAUGUGGAUCACAAGUUUGUGGAUGGGGGUAGACACCAUGGCGGGAGCUAUUCGAGUAAGGUUGCCUCAAAGGAUGAGGAUGACAAGCCGAGUGAUCCGGAAUCUCUUUACCAGGGGGCUAGACCAACUGUAUCUGCUCAGAAUGAUCCCGUCGAAUAUGAGGUGCAUAUCGUGGAUAAGAAAGUGGUGAACGAUCCAGGGACAUCAGAGGAUCACAAAAAUGUGCGAGGGUUCACGGCUAGAGGUUGUUUCAAUGGAGACUCGGAUGUCAUGAGGGAGAUUCAGCUUCAAUUUGAACGAGCAUCGGAAUCCGGAAGCGAACUGGAUAAGAUUCUAGAGGUUGGAAAGCUACCCUACAACCGCAAACACUCUGCCUAUCAAGCUUCUUCCAAGAUGUUGCACGCAUUAACUCCUUCCUUGUUUGUGUUGUCAUCACAACCUUCUACAUCAAAAGGUGCCGAAGGUGAUAAGUCUGAUCCUGCUUUAUUUAAUGUAGAAGGAGAAGUAAGUUCUUUAAGGUCCAAAAGUCUUUCUUCUACCUUACAAAAGCUCUAUCUUUGGGAGAAGAAACUCUAUGAAGAAGUUAAGGUAUGAAUCCUUAUUGUUUUACUUCUUACAACAUGUUAAUAUUCUUAAAAAAUCUACUUCUCCUAGCUUGAUUAUAUGUUUGUAUUAGCAGGCUGCGAAGUGUGAUUUUAUGAUCUUUAUCAUAUUGUCCUCAUUCAUUCUAAUGGAACCCACUUUAGCUCAUAGUUUUCUUAUAUAGGUUCAUAAACCGUGGUGUGUGCAUAUCCGGUCUUUUUUUUUGCUGCUAUUCAAUUCUUCCUCUUUUUAUCUAUCAUUUCUCCACCCCCAUAUCCUACUUGUGGGAGUUAUUGAGUUGUCUUGUAUUAUACUUCCUCUUUUCACUGCACACUAAAGGAGCACCUUCUAUGCAGGUUGAGGAGAAAAUGCGGGUAAUUCAUGAUAAGAAAAGUCAAAGAUUGAAGCGACUAGCUGAAAAGGGUGCUGAGACUCACAGAGUAGAUGUGACAAGAACCCUGGUUAGGAGCCUUUCAACAAAAAUCCGAAUUGCAAUUCAAAUUGUUGAUAAGAUUUCUGAGAAGAUAAAUAAAUUGAGGGAUGAAGAGUUGUGGCCACAACUUAAUGAAUUCAUACUAGGGUAAGUAGUUUUCAUUUUUUCAUAUGUCCAUAGUGUAUUUUUGGCCUCUGUGCUUUAAGGUGUGUCUAUUUUUGGCCUCAUUGCUUUAAAAUGUUUUUGAAAUGGUUUUGUGGCCAUUUUUCAGGUCUUUAUAACAAGGUUGUUUUGUAUUUCAGCACACACACACACACAUGUUGCCAGUUGCCACAUUGUUUAGGGAAACAUCUUCUAGUAGGGCUUGAGUGCUUACAAGUAUUGCCAUUAACAGCAUUUAUAUCGCUGCUAGUAUUUCAACUUUCUUCUAGAUAGUCUAGUUGUUCCAGGAACGCGAUUGAUUAUUGUGAAACUUGCUCCUAAUAAUAUUCAAACUUAACCUUUUUCCCUAAAUAGGACCCAGUGGUUUAUAUUCUCUGUAUAGUAAUUAAUUAAUUUUUAAAUAAUAAUGUUCAUUUACUAAAGUACUUUUAGACUU